UGAAAAGAGGGUUGGCCACCCAGCACAGCACAACACGGAACAUGAGUCAGGUAACUGUAACAGAACGUUGCUUCUGAGCUCCCGUGCAUUUUGGACACGCACUGACUUGGUUUGGGAGGCAGGGAGUGACAAACAUAUUUCUCUUAAUAAGGAUUUUGCUGUACUCCCAUGUCUAUUUUAAAAAUCUUAGAGACGUUUUAAGUUUCACGUUUUCGUGUGCCUGCUGCACUGAUGUGACGAGUUUGGCGUUUCACAAGUGGAUAAAACGCUCAGGUGUUUGUUUUUCAUAGGUGGAUUUUCUGCCUUUUAAAAAAAACAUUCCUAAGUAGAGCAGCGACAGGAGGUUUUCCCCUGCGGUAUAUUUCUUUAUUGCAAAACUCUUGUUAAACCACGUCAGUGUUUUUCUUGCUUUCGUUUUUAAUUAUUUAAUUUCUAACCACCGACAACGCCGAGUGGCCACGUUGGAACAAACAGAUUGAAGAUGGACGAGGCAGAGAAGUACCAACAGAGACUGCAGGCGAUCACUGAGAAGCGUCGUCUGCAGGAGGAACAGGAGAGGGCCAAGAGGGAGAUGGAGGAGGAGCGGCUGAGGCUACAGCAGCUCAAGAGGAAGUCUCUUAGAGACCAGUGGCUGAUGGACGGCCCCUCUUCCCCCACAUCCUCAGAGCCUCGCUCCCCACUGUGGGGCUCCCAGGCCCAGGAGAUGGAGCAACACAUAGACAAUGUGUUUGUAGGAGGCCAGCCUCACCUCAUAGUCUACACAGUAGCUGUAUGA